GCUGGGCCCGUUCCUUCUCUCUCUUCCUCUCUAUCGCUCUAUCUCUCUCUCCCUCCGCCCCCACGUUCUCUGGCUUGCGUCACGCCCCGCCUGCGUCACCCGGACAAGAUGGAGACCGCCGAGGAAGACAUAUGCAGGGUAUGUCGAUCUGAAGGAACUCCUGAGAAACCUCUCUAUCAUCCAUGUGUAUGCACUGGCAGUAUUAAAUUCAUUCAUCAAGAAUGCUUAGUUCAGUGGCUCAAACACAGCAGAAAAGAAUACUGUGAAUUAUGUAAACAUAGAUUUGCUUUCACACCAAUUUAUUCCCCAGAUAUGCCUUCUCGGCUUCCAAUCCAAGACAUAUGUGCUGGACUGGUUACAAGUAUUGGCACAGCAAUACGAUACUGGUUUCACUAUACACUUGUGGCCUUUGCAUGGUUAGGAGUUGUACCUCUUACAGCAUGCCGUAUCUACAAGUGCUUGUUUACUGGCUCUGUGAGCUCACUACUGACACUGCCAUUAGAUAUGCUGUCAACAGAGAAUUUACUGGCAGACUGUUUGCAAGGUUGUUUUGUGGUGACGUGCACACUCUGUGCAUUUAUCAGCCUUGUAUGGUUACGUGAACAAAUUGUCCACGGAGGAGCACCACAGUGGCUGGAACAAAAUCAGCAGCAAGCCAUCAAUGGUGUUGGGCAACAGAAUGAGGUUCAGGGUGUUGGAAAUGGUGGAGCUGAAAAUGCUGCACUUGACCAGCCUGCAGACCAGCCAGCCGAGAAUGCAGUUGUAGGUGAAAAUCCAGAAAUCCAGGAAGAACAACCAGAUGAAGAAGAGGAAGACAAUGAAGAUGAAGAAGAUGUUGUAGUAGAAGAUGCUGCAGAUGCCAACAAUGGAGGGCAAGAUGAUAUGAACUGGAAUGCUUUGGAAUGGGAUCGAGCAGCAGAAGAGCUUACAUGGGAGAGAAUGCUUGGACUUGAUGGAUCCCUAGUUUUUUUAGAACAUGUAUUCUGGGUGGUGUCAUUAAACACACUGUUCAUACUUGUCUUUGCGUUUUGUCCCUAUCAUAUUGGUCACUUCUCUAUUGUUGGGCUAGGCUUUGAAGAAUAUGUUCAAGCAUCUCACUUUGAAGGCCUAAUCACGACAAUAGUUGGCUAUGUACUGCUGGCAGUAUCACUAAUAGUUUGUCAUGGCUUGGCAGCACUUGUAAAAUUUCAGAGAUCACGUCGCUUGCUUGGAGUGUGCUACAUAGUUGUCAAGGUGUCAUUGUUAGUGGUGGUAGAAAUUGGUGUUUUCCCCCUCAUCUGUGGCUGGUGGCUGGACAUAUGCUCUCUGGAAAUGUUUGAUGCUACUUUGAAGGAUAGAGAAUUGAGCUUUCAGUCAGCCCCCGGCACUACAAUGUUCCUACACUGGCUAGUGGGAAUGGUGUAUGUCUUCUACUUUGCUUCCUUCAUUCUCUUGCUGAGAGAGGUACUGAGACCUGGCGUCCUCUGGUUUUUGAGGAACUUAAAUGAUCCAGACUUUAAUCCAGUUCAAGAAAUGAUUCACCUGCCUAUUUAUAGACAUCUCAGGAGGUUUAUUUUAUCAGUGAUUGUCUUCGGGUCGAUCGUCUUGCUCAUGCUUUGGCUUCCUAUACGAAUUAUUAAAUAUCUGCUGCCUCAUUUUCUUCCAUAUAAUGUAAUGCUCUACAGUGAUGCCCCUGUGAGUGAACUUUCCCUAGAACUACUUUUGCUUCAGGUGGUGCUUCCAGCUUUGCUUGAACAAGGACACACAAGGCAGUGGUUGAAGGGUCUUGUACGAGCAUGGACUGUUACUGCCGGGUACUUACUGGAUCUGCAUUCUUACUUACUUGGAGACCAGGAAGAGAAUGAAAACAAUGCAAACCAACAGCCUAAUAACCAACCUGCUCGCAAUAAUAAUGCCAUUCCGGUUGUGGGAGAAGGUCUUCAUGCAGCCCACCAAGCCAUACUACAACAAGGAGGACCUGUUGGCUUUCAACCUUACCGUCGGCCUUUAAAAUUUCCACUCAGGAUAUUUUUGUUAAUCAUUUUCAUGUGUAUAACACUACUGAUAGCAAGUCUUAUCUGCCUAACGUUACCAGUAUUCGCUGGCCGUUGGCUGAUGUCCUUUUGGACAGGGACCGCCAAAAUCCACGAACUGUACACAGCUGCUUGUGGGCUCUAUGUUUGCUGGCUUACCAUUCGGGCGGUGACGGUGCUUGUUGCUUGGAUGCCACAGGGCCGACAAGUGAUUUUUCAGAAAGUUAAGGAAUGGUCCCUCAUGAUAAUGAAGACAUUAAUAGUGGCUAUAUUGCUGGCAGGUGUAGUUCCACUUUUGCUUGGACUUUUGUUUGAGCUGGUUAUUGUUGCGCCUUUGAGAGUUCCCCUGGACCAGACACCGCUAUUCUACCCAUGGCAGGACUGGGCUCUUGGUGUUCUGCAUGCCAAAAUAAUUGCUGCCAUAACUCUGAUGGGCCCUCAGUGGUGGCUGAAAACUGUUAUUGAACAGGUUUACGCAAAUGGAAUUAGGAAUAUUGACUUACACUUUAUAAUACGGAAGCUUGCAGCGCCUGUUAUCUCAGUUCUGUUGCUUUCUCUUUGCGUACCUUACAUCAUAGCUUCUGGUAUUGUACCUUUACUAGGUGUCACUCCUGAAAUGCAAAACCUAGUGCAACGUCGAAUUUAUCCUUUUCUGCUCAUGGUGGUGGUUUUGAUGGGGAUCUUAUCUUUCCAGGUCCGUCAGUUCAAGCGCCUUUAUGAACACAUUAAAAAUGACAAGUACCUUGUUGGGCAGCGACUUGUGAAUUACGAAAGGAAAACUGGAAAACAAGGGACACCAGCCCCACCCCCUCAGUCUUCACAAGAAUAGAAACGCUCACAUGGAAUUACUUGAUCUUCCCUUGCCUUUGUGUCCUUUUUCAUUGACUGGUCUUCAUUCUUUGGGUGUCUUUCCCAACAGUCCUCUCAGCUGGGUUCUUAUCUUUUAAUUUUGGCUUACUUUUUUCAUGGCGUUCAGGAAGCAGUCAAGGCUGUGCACCUUUUACCUGCAACUUCUGAAGUUAUCAGCGCUGAGAUCUGUAAAUGUGUAAAUAGCAAUACCCUAAUACCCUGAAUUAAAAAAUGAAUGUUCAUUGUACAUCUUUAAAAGAAUAUUAAUUUAUUAAAUCUAGUUGCCACUUUGUUUUGGACUGCUGUUCUGUUGACAUAUGUGCCACAAAGCAAUACUGCAAGAGGCAAGACACUUUUUUU